CUGGUUCCUAGUUCCGUACUUCGUGGUGAUUGCUUUCAGGGUGACAAGGUGCUGAUAUUUUCUCAAUUCACUUCUAUACUGGAUAUUCUCGAGGUUUAUCUACGAAUCCGAAAAUAUACGUUUAGGCGACUGGAUGGCUCUACUCCCGUUAUGGAAAGACAAGAAAUGAUUAACGAGUACAAUAACGACCCAGAGCUUUUUGUGUUCCUUCUAUCUACACGUGCUGGUGGUUUGGGUAUUAAUUUGACGUCGGCCAACCAUAUAAUUCUCCAUGAUAUCGACUUCAAUCCAUAUAAUGACAAGCAGGCUGAAGAUCGGUGUCAUCGCAUGGGACAAGAAAAAAGUGUUUUCGUUACUCGUCUUGUGAGUAAAGAUACUGUAGAGGUAGAUAUUCUUUGCCUUGCAAGAAAAAAACUUCAGCUUGAGAAAGCAGUUACUGUUGGAGUUGAGGAGCACACUGAAGAAAUUAAUGGGAAUUCGUAUGGGUUCACGGAAUCAAAUGAGGAGAAACCGGAUAGUGACACUUUGAAUCUUCUCUUAAACAACGCUCUCAAACGAAAGUCCAAAGAGGGAUCCGCGUAA